CGGCUUCUAUAAGCCCAGAGGUUGAUGGAAAAUUACCUUGUGACCAAAAAGGGGAGGUCAGGACUAGUAGUGCCAAGCAAAGUCUGACUUUGCUCCGAGAAGAAGGAUCAGCAGCAGCAGAGCAAAGGUGGGAUGGCCUGAACAGAGGGGGGGGGACUGAGGUCGGCCAUGGAGAGACUUAGGAGUACCGCUGCGGGAUGCAGAACAGCCACCUGUGGAUGGAGGUCUCUGCUUCUCCCACAGCUCAACCGGCAGUCCCUGUACGUGUACGGCAGCGAGGUGGCCGUGGAGAAAGAAUGUCAACGACAGUUGGAGAGCGGAGUCUUUGUCAUUCACCCGUUCAGCCUCAUGAGGACUUACUACAUUAUGUGCAUGAUGGCCAUCACAUUCCUGAACCUGAUCGGCAUCCCCAUGGAGAUAGCGUUUCUGGAUGGAAACAACGGGCUAGUGUGGGAGGGCUUUAACGUGUUUUCAGACACACUGUUCCUGAUAGAUGUGGCUCUGAAUUUCCGAAUGGGCAUCAUAGCAGAGGACGCUGAGGAAGCUAUUCUGGAUCUCAAGAGGAUUCGUCUGAGUUACCUCAGGUCUUGGUUCAUACCGGACGUUAUCGCAGCCUUCCCAAUCGGCUACAUACUGCUGUUUGCGGAUCUGCAGUACCACAAUAAUGAUAACCCAUCCAAGACCAACAAGAUGAUGAGGAUCCUGAUGUUUGUGCGGAUCCUCAGUUUGAUCCGACUGGCUCGAGUCUCCAGACUGGUCAGGUUCUUCAACGAGGUGGAGAAAGUCUCAAAUGCGAACUUGGAGGUGGUCCGCAUGUUCUUCCGCCUCCUGUCCUUGUUCAUGAUGAUCUUCCUGCUGUGUCACUGGAACGGCUGCAUUCAGUACUUUGUGCCGAUGCUGGAGGAGUUUCCGGCAGAUUGUUGGGUCCGAAAAGAGAACCUGAUGAAUGCUACAGUGAUUGUAAAAUACUCCUGGGGAGUUUUCCGAGCUCUGUCCCAGAUGAUCGCUCUCUCAUAUGGCUCUAUGGACGCUCCAACAAAUUAUGUGGAAAUGUGGAUUGUCAUGGUCAGCAUGGUGUCAGGCUGCCUGAUGUACACUGUCCUUGUGGCGAACACUACAACCAUGAUCGCCAACGUAGACCCAGCAGCAAAGGAAUACAAGAGCAAGAUGAGCCGUUUGGAACACUACAUGGCCUUCAUGAAACUCCCACCUGAGCUGCAGCUUCGGAUCAACAACUAUUACCAGGCUCGCUACGGAGGAAAAUGGUUUGAUGAGAGGGACGUCAUGGACACCGUGUCCACUGCACUUAAAGAGCAAAUCCUGACAGUGAUGUGCAGCCGGCUGCUACGAAAUGUGCCAAUGUUUCAGAACAGAGAUGAAACCUUCAUCAACGCCGUCCUUCUCAAACUGGAAUACGAGCUUUUCCAGGAGGGCGACGUCAUCGUUCGACAACACGUACCAGGUGACCGCAUGUUCUUCAUCGACCACGGCCAGGUCCUCGUGGAGAGUGACUCCUACGAGAGGGAACUGUGUGACGGAGACUUUUUUGGAGAGACAUGCGUGCUGACCAAAGGCAAACAUCUGGCCACAGUGAAGGCGCUGACCGACUGCCAGUGCUUCUCUCUGUGCUGGGACGAUUUUCAGGAGGUGCUCGAGGACUUCCCAGAUGUCAAAAAGGACUUAGAAAAAACAGCGGAGCUCAAUACUGAUGGUGGACUGGUGUAAGACCAAAACCAGUACUUGUUUUACUGUGUGAAAGGACAGGAUUUUUCCCAGGACAUUUAAUGGGAUUAUAUAACUGUGAAGGUUUCAGCACGGGGACACAAGAUGGACACUAAUUCAUCAACUGAUGAGAUGGACUGUGUUAACGCUUUAAUAGUUUAACUUUAACUGGGAAUUAUUCUGUCUCCUAAAGCAGCAGCUAUGAGCAAUAUUUAACAAGACCUCAACAUUAAGGACUUAUAAUGCCUCUGGUAGAUGUUGCAUUGACUUUUUACCAGUCAGUGUAUAUUUUAAUGUCAAAACUGGAACAUAUAUCAAGCCUUAAAAAAAACAUCGUACAAUUUCAUAUAUUACAAGUGUUGUAUUUGUACUUUCAGCCAUCACUCAUCCAGAUUAAAAACAUUACAUUCACUAGUGUAGUCACUGACAUCUGAGACCAUCACAUAUUCCAAAAACGAGUACAAUGUUCCUCAAAAAACUGAAACAUUAUGCUUGACAGAUCGGGGUCAUGGAUCAAUGGCUAAAUAAUAAAAGUCACUUGUUAUCAUAUCACCUUAUAUCAUUAAUCAGAAUUUUCCACUACUUUGUAACAUUUUACAGAAAGAAACAUUAGUGAAUUCAUUGUCUCAAUAAUCUGCAAAAAAGAAAAUAAGUGUCAGUGGCUGCCUUAGAUAGAAACACUGACCAGCACUAUGAAAUAGGUAAACGACAGGUCGAUUUUCACAUCCAUUAUUCAGCAUUUUUGCAAUUAACAGUAUUGUUAUUUAUCAUUAAUCCAAUAUCCGAUAAAAUAAAUGCAUUUUAAAAUCAGCACUAUCUGAUGGGUUACAUGUUAGUAAGUGAAAGCCUUUCAGCAAUGAAACAAACUUUACUCAAUUUGAAAUUUAUUUUUUGAUAAUCAGUUUGAAGGAAUUUUCAGAAAAGUUUUGUGUCAGACACCAAGACUCCAAAUCAUCGAUCACCUACAUCAUCGAGAGCCAAAGUCUUGCCCCUUCUGUUAUACCCCAUGGGACCAAACGUCAGAAAAAAAUACGGACGCCAGUCAAUGGUGAGAGAAAACAAUUUUUUAGCCUUUGUGAAUUGAAUUGUUUUAAAGUAUAAUUUUACAUGUCAAGAAACUCAGUUUGUGGUAAAGAUAGUAAAGCAACGUAGGUUUGUGGGAAAUGGCUCAGCAGACUGCAUCUCAUGAUAUGUGUCGCUGACACCAAAACACUUAUGUCAGCAUAUUUCACCACUUCUUCAAGAAUCUGGUGGAAAGGUAUUACAAGGGUG